UGCAAGUGCAUUCUCGGAGCGAGGAACUUCCUUGAAGCCCCUCGAAGUUGCUGGAGCUCCUGCGGGAGAGCAGUGAGACCCCUCGGAUCCGGAUCUAAACACCACCCCUCCCCCCGCCUUUGCAACCCUCCCCUCAUCGGGAUGAUUGGAGUCUUCGUCCUCCUAGUGUCUGUACUCUUCCAGACCUUGGGGGCACACAUGUUGCAGGCACAGUUCUCCAUCGAAAAAUCUCAUCACGCAGCAGUUAGCCUGAGGUUUGCUUAUGACGGAACAGAAGUAAUCCAGUUCAACUACACCACCAAUCAGUUCAUGGCCACCGAGCCGCUGGCAAAGUCUUUCGCUGAGCAACUUAACAGCGACCAGAAGAAGGUCAGAAGGUACAUUCGCUAUGGCUCCUUCGCAAAUCUGGUGUCAGAUGUGGUUUUACGGGCCGCUCGCCAACUGAUCGCCAAGCCUUCUGUCAACAUAACCGCCCACCGCUUACACAGCGGAAAAGACCCCUUACAUCUGAUCUGCAACGUGAAUGGAUUUUAUCCAAGAGGCAUAAAUGCAACCUGGCUGUGCAAUGGUGAUGCUUUCGAGCAGGAGGUGUUGAGAAGCAGAAUUUUACCAAACACGGACGGGACAUUCCAGGUUUUGUUCCAGAUCAGCAUUGCUCCCCGGAGCAGCGACACCUACACCUGCCAAGUGGAGCACAGUAGCAGCCCCGACAAACUAACAGCAAUUUGGGCUCCUAAGAUGAAAAGCUGGCCGACUUACGGAUACGUGACCGGGAUAGUAUUCAUGAUACUUGGAAUCAUAGCCCUGGUUGGAGGGAUCUGCAGGUGGAGAGGGCUCCAUGCCUGUGGCUCACAACCUGAACCGAACCAGAGUCAAGUCAACACGCAUUCCGAUGCGUAUUCCUCUAACACGGAUUUAGGAGUGUGGACACAGGGGGAGGCUAAUCACCUCUAUGUGGAAAGUGAACGGACUCCCAGCCCCAUACCCAAUUGAAACGGACCAUCAAACUCGGAACUCCCAACUCUUCCCAGCCCCCGGAUAUCUGGAGACUAAGAGACGUCGGCUGAAUCUGCCUCCACUCACCUUCCGAAAGAGCGUGUCCUGUGGAACCGAGAGUCGGAAUUCAGUCCAAUCGAUCACUUCAGAGACUGACUCAGAGGAGCUGACUCUGCGAUACAAUCCACCACUGGUUUAGUCUGUUUAUUUAACUCUUACUGCUCCAGGCUUUGUUAACCUGCGAGAAAAAAACUCAUGGCUACUGUUCCACCCUUAUUGAAUUGAUAUCAUUCUCACGUGGCUCCUGCUUGUAGUUACUCCGACCAGGAGAUCUGCCACCGUCACUUGUUACUUUCUGGAUUGUUAAAAUACAUGAACGAGAAUUAUAAAUGGAAAUGAAAUAUACAAAAACAUAGGAACCAAAUAAACUUUAAUAGAAAA